UUUAAAUGCCCUCGCCACCGCCUCCGUGACGUCCAGACGAGGCAAAGACACCACCGGCCUUUACGUCGCACAAAGAGGAGGAGGAGGAGAAGAACGAAAGAACCAUUAUCGUCACAUCCUCGUCUAUUUGUUGUGUCCCACAUCAUCAUCAUCAUCGUCGUCGUCGUCGUCACCAACCACGACCAUCACCAAAUCCAACGACCUCGCGCCGGUGUUGUCGUCUCGUGUUGUCAUCCUCUCGGCUGCCUGCUGCUCUGCCCCCCCCCCCCCCCCACACACACAGCUACACACACAUACACACACACACACAGCCACACACACACACAGCCACACACCACCUCAUCUCUCGUCGUCACUGCCACUUGGAGAAGCAAGCGAGCGAGGGAGGGAGGAAGAGACGUGGAGUGGGGGGGGAGUCACAACAAGCCAGGCCGGGAGGCAGCAGCAGCAGCAAGAGGAGGGAGGGAGGCUCGGGCUGACAGCACUGGCCCAGAGGGCCCAAGAUGGCCUGGCAAGGACCGACCCGGCCCUGGAGGGGUGGUGGGCGGGCUCGGGGGGGCGGCCGGGGCCACAGGGGCGGCCGGGGCAGGGGGUGGGGGCCACCCACAUCGUCCCCCAUUGCAUCCGACGCGAGCGAUAAGUCGUCCGCGUGGCCCUCCCAGUGCUCCCUGUGGGGAGAGGACCAAACGAACGUGGGGCUGGAGCGCGGCUGCCCGGAGAAGCCCUUCGUGAUGCAGCCGCCAGCACAGAGGAGAUGGUGGCCCGGGGAGAGCGCGAAGACCCGACCGCUCGCGACCACCGACGAGUGGCCGUGCCUCUCCCGCAACAACACGUGCCCCGACCACACACGGAGGCGGCGCGGGGACGGGCCAGGUCGCUACAACGGCAGCGGCAGCAGAAGCAGCCGGGAAGACAGGGAUCUGUCGCUCGAGACCCUCGGCAGAGGGACAUCCGGGAAGGCCCCACAGAGAGGCCCCAGGUGGCAGGAUGACGGCGAUGGCGGCGGUGGCGGCGGCGGCGGCGGCGGGAGAACGUGGGGGGGGUCCCCGCGCGACAUCAACGACAGGGGGCCCAGGACUUUCCAGGAGCGGGCGAUGGGCACGCGGGCCCUGUGGGACCUCCUGGAGAAGGACCAGUCGGAGAUCGUGAUGCGCCUGGCGUCUCCGAUCUGCGGGCUGCGUCCGCUCCUCCAGAAGAUGGAGAUGCAGAGGGACGUGCUGGUGCUGCUCGUGCAGGUGCUGGCCAAGGCAUGCGCCUGCCAGGGCAACCGCAAGAGCCUGCAGCACAUGCUGUCCACCGUCAAAGAGUCGCCCUUCUUCCGCAGGGUGCUGCCAUUCUUCGUGGUGCAAAUGAAACUCGAGAACGCUCCUGAGAAGCUGGGCAAGCUCUCGGCGCAGAUCGCGGACAUCCUGGUGCUCCUCUCCACCAUCAUCGGCACGUUCCCGGCGAGCGCGAUCGCGGACGUGUCCCUGCUGCUGAGCGCCGUGGAGGGCAGCGUCAACUACCUGAAGCUCUGCGGCGUCGCCCUCGACGCCAAAGCCGAGAAGGCCUACGAGGAGCUGAAGAAGCUCACGGACUUCCUGCUCAACAAGAAGCGCGAGGGCAACCUGCGGUCGGAUGCCGCGGCGCUCAGGGGCGACCCGUCGUCGCGCCCGCCGGAGGACUUCCACACGCUGUCCAUCUACCCGACGUACGCCGACAUUCACGAGAAGGCCGAGCCGUUCAUCCGCGCCAACGUUGUCCGCGGCGGCUACCCGGACGUGGCCACGUACCUCGACACGCAGUUCCGGCUUCUGCGCGAGGACUUCCUGAGGCCCCUGCGCGAGGGCAUCGCGGAGCUGCUGAGCGUCGCGGGGCGUGAGCAGCAGCAGCAGCAGCAGCGGCGGCGUCGCUACGACGACAUCCGCGUGUACCACGACGUGCGGCUCGUGUCGCCGUCCUGCUCCUCGGUGGGCAUCAUCCACAACGUGAGCUUCGACGUGCGCCCGCUGCGCUCCGUGCGCUGGGACAACUCCAAGAGGCUGCUGUUCGGCUCGCUCGUGUGCCUCUCGCGCGACAACUUCGACAGCAUGCUGUUCGCGUCGGUGGCCAACCGCGGCUGCGAGGACCUCCGCCAGGGCCUCGUGAGCCUCUGCUUCAGCAAGGAGAGCCGGCGGGAGCUGCCCGACGUCAAGCCGUCGGACGUCUUCCUCAUGGUGGAGACGACGGCGUACUUCGAGGCGUACCGCCACGUGCUGGAGGGCCUGCAGGAGGCCGAGGAGGUCGACUUCCCGUUCCGACGCUACAUCGUCGAGUGCCAGAAGGACGUGGAGCCGCCCGACUACCUGGCCACUCUGCCCAGACCAAAGUACGACUUCAGCCCCGCGCUGCACACGGAGCUGCCGGACGACUCGUACCUGCACCUGCUCGAGCCGCGCCCGAUGGUGGACGUGGUGGACGCCCGGCAGUGGCCCAGCGCCGACGACCUCCGGCUCGACGAGUCGCAGGCGGAGGCUCUGAGGCUGGCGCUCAGCCGGGAGCUCGCCAUCAUUCAGGGCCCGCCCGGCACCGGUAAAACGUACGUGGGGUUGAAGAUUGCUCAGCUGCUGCUCCACAACGCACCCGUGUGGCAGAAGGGCCAGCCCAGCCCCGUCCUCGUGGUGUGCUACACGAACCACGCCCUCGACCAGUUCCUGGAAGGCAUCGCGCGCUUCGAGAAGGACCUCGUCCGCGUGGGCGGCCGCAGCGCCAGCGACGUGAUGAAGAAGUUCUCGCUCAAGGAGCUGCGCAACUCGGCCGACUUCCGCCGGAAAAUACCCCCGCACCUGCGCACCACCUUCUCCGCGAUCUCCCAGGACAUGCGGCGCCUGCGGCAGCGGAUCGAACAGGAGGCGGCUCACCUGCGCGCGGCGCAGCAAGGCGUGCUGCGCGAGCGCGUCCUGCAGCCCUGCAUCGCCAGCGACCACCUCGCGCAGCUCAUGGCGCGCCCGCAGGAGAAGGCCGGUGGUCGGCGUGCGCCAGGGCGCCAGUCGUCGCGCAUCCUCGAGUGGCUGGGCAUCGGCGGCUCCGUGGCGGAGGCGGCGCUGUCCGUGGAGACGUUGCUGGAGGAAGCGGACGACGUCAUCGAGGAGACCUCCACCGACCCGUCGGACGAUGAAGGCGAGUGGAUGGGCAGCGGUCACCUACUCGCCAGCGAAAAGCAAGGAGCGGCAGCGGCAGCGGCAACGGCAACGGCGGCGGCGGCGGCUGUGGCAGCGGCGAAGGGCGAUAAACACGGCCGUGGCGGCACCAGAAGGGAGCGGCCGCCUCCCACGGAGCACAGGGAGCGGCCGCACGAGAGGGGCGACCGGCCACCCGGGAGGAGCGACGAGCGCAGGAGGGAAGCCGUCGCCACCGAAGACGGCGUCGGCGUGAGCGACGGCAGUGACGAGGGCGACCUGAUCCGCGUGUCGGGCGAGGCGGAGCUCAUCCAGGACUCGCGGUUGAUGGAGGACGACAUGGAGGCGGCCAGGGGACGCGGGAUCGACGGCGAGGCCCAGUGGCUCGCUCAGCUGCAGCGGAACAUCAUGGCCAUGUCCCUGCAGGACGACGAGCAGGGGGCGCAGGGGACGCCGGCGGAGCAGAAGCACAGGGCCCGGGACGGUGGCGGGUGGCAGGUGGUGUGCAACCCCAAGCGCCAGCGGCACGCGGCGCGGAGGGAGCUGCGGAAGACGAGCUGCAUGACGCAGGAGGAGGAGGCCAACGUGCACGACAUCUGGGCCCUGACGCUGCCGCAGCGCUGGCAGCUCUACAGGCGCUGGGUGCAAAAGUACCAGGCGGAGAUCCGCUGGCAGAUCCAGACCCACGAGAGCGAGUACCAGACGGGCGCCGAGAGGCUCGCGGACGUGCGGGAGGAGGAGGAGCUCGCCAUCCUGCGGCAGGCCCGCGUCAUCGGCAUGACCACCACCGGCGCGGCCAAGUACCGGCACACGCUGCAGAAGAUCCGGCCUCGCAUCGUCAUUGUGGAGGAGGCGGCCGAGGUCCUGGAGGCGCACAUCGUGACCACGCUGAGCCCCGGCUGCCAGCACCUGAUCCUCAUCGGAGACCACCAGCAGCUGCGUCCGAGUGCCACGGUGUACGAGCUCGCCACGCACUUCCACCUCGAGGUGUCUCUCUUCGAACGCCUCGUGCGCAACGGCCUGCCCUUCGUCAAGCUGCAGUACCAGCACCGCAUGCGGCCGGAGAUCGCGCGGCUCCUGGUGCCGCACAUCUACACGGAGCUACGGGACCACCCGUCCGUGCUGGAAUACGAGGACAUUAAGGGCAUGGGCACCAACCUGUACUUCGUGGAGCACUCCGAGCUGGAGGAGGAGGUGGCCGACUCGAGGAGCCGCCACAACCGCCACGAGGCGCGCUUCGUGGUGGCGCUGUGCCGCUACCUCAUCCUGCAGGGCUACCGUCCGGCGCAGAUCACCGUGCUCACCAUGUACGCCGGCCAGCUGCUGGCGCUGCGCCGCAUGAUGCCGCGCGACCCCUUCCAGGGCGUGCGCGUGUGCGUCGUCGACAAGUACCAGGGCGAGGAGAACGACAUCGUGCUGCUGUCGCUCGUGCGCAGCAACGCCGAGGGACGCCCGGGUUUCCUGCGCAACGAGAACCGCGCGUGCGUGGCGCUGUCGCGCGCCAAGCGGGGCCUCUACGUCGUGGGCAACGCCGCGAUGCUGGCAGCCACCGUGCCGCUGUGGGCGCGCCUCCUGCGGGCCCUGCGCUCCGAGGGCCGCGCGGGCGAGGGCCUGCUGCUGCGCUGCCAGGCGCACCCGGACCGCGAGGUCGUGGCGGCGCGCGACACCGACUUCCGGCGCGCGCCCGAGGGCGGCUGCACGCUGCCGUGCGAGUUCCGCCUGCAGUGCGGCCACGUGUGCACGCGCGCCUGCCACCCGUACGACCCCGAGCACGUCGAGUUCCUGUGCCUCAAGCCCUGCCAGAAGGUGCUGUGCGCCCUCGGCCACCGCUGCCCCAAGGCCUGCUGGGAGAAGUGCGGCGAGUGCGAGGUGCCGCUCGAGAAGAAGAUCCCGCGCUGCGGCCACGCUCAGCGCGUGCCCUGCCACGUGCCGCCGGAGGAGUUUGCGUGCCAGGUGCCCUGCCGCAAGACGCUGCGCUGCGGCCACCGCUGCCGCCGGGCGUGCGGUGUCGCCUGCGAGAGCAAGUGCAAGGAGACGGUGGAGGCCGAGCUGCCGUGCGCCCACCGCAAGGAGGUGGCGUGCCACGCCGACCCGGCCGCCGUCGCGUGCUACGCGCCGUGCCCCGCCGCGCUCGACUGCGGCCACCCGUGCCGCGGCAGCUGCUGCGAGUGCCACGAGCAGCGCUUCCACAAGGAGUGCGCCCAGCCGUGCCAGCGGGCGCUCGUGUGCGGCCACCGCUGCCGCGAGCCCUGCACGCGCGACUGCCCGCCCUGCGCGCUGCCCUGCGAGAACCGCUGCGUGCACAGCCGGUGCCGGCGCCCGUGCGGCGAGACCUGCGCGCCCUGCGUGGAGCCGUGCGAGUGGCGCUGCCCGCACCGCGCCUGCGGCCGCCUGUGCCACGAGCCGUGCGACCGGGGGCCGUGCGACCGCCCCUGCGAGCUGCCGCUGCGCUGCGGCCACCCCUGCGCGGGCCUCUGCGGCGAGCCGUGCCCCGACAAGUGCCGCGUGUGCGACUCCGCCGAGCUCGCCGAGAUCUUCUUUGGCAGCGAGGACGAGCCCUCGGCCCGCUUCGUGCAGCUCGAGGACUGCAAGCACGUGCUCGAGGCGUCCGGCCUGGACCGCUGGAUGUCCCAGGACGAGGAGGGCAAGGAGGGCGACGCGACGUCCAUCCGGCUCAAGGUCUGCCCCAAGUGCCGCACGCCCAUCCGGCGGAACCUGCGCUACGGCAACGUCGUCAAGAAGACGCUGCGCGACAUCGAGGAGGUGAAGAGGAGGAUGCGCGGCGGCGACAAGUCGGCCACGCGCGGCCAGAUCGUCCUCCUGCAGGACAAGUUCAGGAGGAACCACAGCAUGAUCCUGUACUACUACAAGGAGACCAACAAGCUGCAGGAGAUGCUGGACGGCAACGACGCCUCGCCGUCGCGGCUGCACACGCUCGAGAACGUCAUCGUCAUGUUCCAGAAGGUGACCGAGCUGAAGCUGCAGCUGGAGACGCACAGCGUGGCCGGCGCCGAGCGGAGCCGACGGGUGGACGGGCGGCUCAAGGAGUUCCUCGGGUGGCUCGUGCAGCCGCGCAGCCGCCUGGGCGAGCAGGAGCUCCGCGACCUGCAGACGGAGCUGCUGCGGCUCACGAUGCUCGCAGAGCUGUGGUGCCGCUACCAGCGCGUGGCCGCGGCCGGCGCCGGCGGCGGCGGCGGCAUCGUCGUCGCGGGGACCCUGGCGGACGCCCAGGACGCGCUGCGGCUGCUGGAGGCGCGCGGGAGGUUCUCGGCCGAGCGGGAGGCGGCCGUCAAGGCGCUCAUGGCCAGGGUGCGCCAGCGGCUGCCGCUGUCGGGGCUCGGCGUGUCGGAGGGCGAGCGCGUGGACAUCGUCAAGGCCAUGGGAUUGGCUCAGGGCCACUGGUUCAAGUGCUCGCGGGGCCACGUGUACGCCAUCGGGGAGUGCGGCGGCGCCAUGGAGCGAGCGCACUGCCCCGAGUGCGGCGACGUCAUCGGCGGCGUCAACCACCUGCUGGAGCGGGGCAACGCCCUCGCCUCCGAGAUGGACGGCGCCCGCCACGCCGCCUGGUCCGACACCGCCAACGACAUGAUGAACUACCGCGACCUGCUGCGCCUGCAGUUCCAGUGAUGCACCGGCGGGAGUGGUGGCGGGGUGGGGGGGGGGGGAGAGUUGGGGGGCGGAAGGGAGGGAGAGAAGGACG